UUUUUUUUUUUCUGUUUUGCUUUUCCAUUAUUUUCUUCUGUGUAUUUUCUUCUCUUCCCUUCUUUCUCCCUUUAUUUCUAUUCUUUUAAUUCCUUCUUGUCUUCGUUCUUUGCACCCUUUCACCCUCGCCUUCAGCCAUGUUGUCCUUGGCCUCCAUCGGGGUCUAUGGGCUCCUGGCCUUCGUCGCGUCCAUUGUGCUCAACCUCGUCUAUCAAUGGGUCUUUGCGAAACUGAACAAGACCGAACCCCCGUUGGUCUUUCACUGGAUCCCCUUUUUGGGCAACACCAUCAGCUAUGGAAUGGACCCCUAUGGCUUUUUCUUUGCCUGUCGCGAGAAGCAUGGCGAUAUCUUCACCUUCAUCCUCCUCGGUCGCAAAACUACGGUCUACCUCGGCGUGCAGGGCAACGAGUUCAUCCUCAAUGGCAAACUGAAAGAUGUCAAUGCCGAGGAGGUCUACAGCCCCUUGACGACUCCCGUCUUCGGUUCCGACGUGGUCUACGAUUGCCCCAACUCGAAAUUGAUGGAGCAGAAGAAGUUCAUCAAAUUCGGUCUGACGCAAGCCGCCUUGGAAUCGCAUGUGCCGCUCAUUGAGAAAGAAACCCUCGACUACCUGGCCACUUCGCCCAAAUUCAACGGCCCCUCGGGACGAGUGGACGUCGGCGCCGCCAUGGCUGAAAUCACCAUCUUCACGGCUGCGCGCGCCCUGCAGGGCGAGGAAGUCCGCUCGAAAUUGACCGCUGAAUUCGCCGAUCUCUACCACGACUUGGACAAGGGUUUCACGCCAAUCAACUUCAUGCUGCCCUGGGCGCCUCUGCCGCACAACAAGAAGCGCGACGCCGCCCAUGCGCGCAUGCGUGCCAUCUACACGGACAUCAUCAACGAGCGCCGUCGCGCCGGCGAAUCGGCCACCCACACCUCGGACAUGAUUUCGAACCUGAUGAACUGCGUCUACAAGAACGGAACCCCCGUGCCCGACAAGGAGAUCGCACACAUGAUGAUCACCCUGCUCAUGGCCGGUCAACACUCCUCUUCGUCCAUUAGUUCCUGGAUCAUGUUGCGUCUUGCCUCCCAGCCCGAAGUUAUCGAGGAACUCUACCAGGAACAGCUGGCUCAACUCGGCCCCGUCGGUCCUGACGGCACCCUUCCCCCUCUGCAAUACAAGGACCUCGACCAGCUCCCGCUACACCAGAAUGUCAUCCGCGAGACUCUCCGCGUCAACAACUCUAUCCACUCUCUCAUGCGCAAGGUCAAGAACCCCAUCCCUGUCCCCGGUACUCCCUACGUCAUCCCCACCUCGCACGUCCUGCUCGCCUCGCCCGGCAUAACGGCCCUCAGCGACGAAUACUUCCCCAACGCCAUGAAGUGGGACCCUCACCGCUGGGAAACUCAGGCCCCCACCGAGGACAAGGAGGAGGACGUCGUCGAUUACGGCUACGGUGCCGUCUCCAAGGGUACCUCCAGCCCCUACCUGCCCUUCGGCGCCGGCCGCCACCGCUGCAUUGGUGAGAAGUUCGCCUACGUGAACCUGACCGUCAUCAUCGCCAGUGUUGUGCGCACCAUGCGUCUUCACAACGUGGACGGCCGCAAGGGCGUGCCCGGAACGGACUACUCCUCUCUGUUCUCUGGGCCCAUGAAACCAGCUAUCAUCGGAUGGGAACGUCGGUCCGCGAAAUCGGCCUAGUCUUUGGCUGGAGAUGCACUAAUGUACAGUAUAUGAGAACAUUAAAUGAGCUUCUACCUUCGACCAUGUAUGUAUUUAAUAUUGACAUUUUCAUAAUUCUACCAAUCCAAUUCAUUACUUC